AUGCUCACCUCUAUCUGUUGUUUGCUCUCUUUGACGAGUUGUGCUACUGCCUACGCCGUCUUAGACAAGCGUGCAAGUGUCUCGGGGACAGCCUCGGUUCGCCUUGAUGUCUCUACCGGGUCGCCGCACCAGCUUGCGUCUGGAAUCCUGUACGGUAUUCCAGAAGACCAGAACCAGAUCCCGGAUGUCUUCUUCAGGGAUAUUGCCUUCAAGUACUGCAGAGCAGGCGGUGCUCAACUUCCUGGCCGGGGAUGGAUCGGUUCCAGGCAGGGGUACCAGACCAGAUUUCAGUCUGCCCUAAGCAACUACAAGACCACACGCAAGUAUGGAGGCACCUUCAUUCUGCUUCCUCAUGAUAUCUGGGGCGCCGACGGAGGGCAGUCCAAGAGUGCUGUGUAUCCUGGCGACAAUGGGGACUGGACCGAUUAUGAUACUUUCCUCACCCAGCUCAUCUCCGACCUGAAGAAGAACAAUAUGAAUGACGGCCUGGUAAUCGACAUCUGGAACGAGCCAGACUUGAGCAUCUUCUGGAACAGGCCACAAUCUCAGUACAUCCAGAUGUGGGGGAGAACAUAUCAUCGACUGCAACGCGAUCUCCCUGGCUGUGUCAUCUCCGGUCCUUCAUUCGCGAACGGACCAAGCAACUCCAACUCCUGGUGGGCCAACUGGUCGUCGUUUAUCGCGCAGAACCAAAGCGCCCCGCAGCAGUACAGCUGGCACAUGGAAGGAGGCGGUGGGGACAUGCAGUCUUCUGUCGCGAACUACAAGAGCAUCCUCAGCAGCAGGGGCCUCGCGACAGAUCGGACGAUCAACAUCAACGAGUACGCCGUGUUCGACGAGGAGUUUGCCGCCGGCAGCGCAUGGUGGAUCGCUCAGCUCGAGCGCGUCAACGCCUUUGGCCUCCGAGGCAAUUGGCUCUCCGGCUACGCGCUACACGACUUCAUGGCCAGCCUGAUCAGCAAGCCCGGCGCCGCGAACGCGUACAACCCCACGGCGGGCGGGUACUUCCCGACGGCGUCGUGGCAGGUCUACAAGUACUACGCGCAGAACAUGACUGGGACGCGUGUGCAGACGUCCCCGACUGCCGACCUGCGUGGCGAGGUCUAUGCUGUUGUGUCGGACACGACCGUGCGUCUUUUGGUCGGGUCACGGGUUGCCACGGGCACGUUCAACAUUCAGCUGCAGAACCUGGCUGCUGUCGGAUUACCGCAGAGUGGGACUCUCAACAUCCAUACGUGGGGAUUCACAAGCUCAGGCGACCACUACGCGCGGCUCGAUGCUCCGGCUGAUCUGGGCUCGUACGGGCAUGCUUACAGUGGAAACACUCUGUCGUUCCCCAUCUACCAGAAGGACGCAUAUACCGCAUAUGCGUUCGAGUUUUCUCGAUAA